AUGGCAAUGUCAUGGCGGCUCGCGGCUUACCUUCUGCUUGUGCUGCUUGAUCCCUCCGUUCUCGCGCACCGGGCACAUCAGAACGUCACCUGCAGCCAGCAGCAUGAGGAGGGUGGCGCCCUUGCUCGCAUCGCUGUCAGGCAUCCAGAUGGACAUCGGGUGGAGAUGGCCAACAAGUCAUCUUCCGUCAGCGCUCAGAUCGUCAUCUGUGGAGACUUCUGCCGGCGGGGAUGCGAGUUCAGAGAGGUCCCGCGGGAGGAGUGGGACGGUUUCGACGAGUUUCCCGUCCUGCAAAUCUUUCAUGGGUCGACGAUACCCGAGUAUGACCAGGACAACAAGCAGUACGUGGUAUUGCAGAGCUACAUGGUCAAGCUCUUCCAGGUCUUCGCCAACAGCUCACAGCACAGCUCCUCCGGAACCGUGCUCGAGUUCGACUUGGUUCCCCGGCUCCCCGAAUCGUUCCCGCAGCACGAGGCGUCGGAGGUCGUGCACGAGCUCAGAGUGUUCCUACGGCAGGAGGAGGAGAGCUGGGAGGGGGAGAACUCCUUCUUCUGGACUGCUCCUCUGAUCAAGCACAAGACCAUCUUCAUGUCUGCCCUCCUCCCCCUCCUCCUCUUCAUGUUUCUCACUUUGUCUGCAAGAUAUCACCAUCUCGGACUCGGCGACCAUCUCAUUUGCUCCAGCAUCAUUCGGUUCUAUGCUCAGAGUUUUGCUCUUGUGCUCUUCGCUGUCAGCAUCAACUACACCGGUAAUCCUCCUCCUCCUCCUCCUCCUCCUCCUCCUCCUCACCUCGCCACCUCAUCAGAGGCUAUGAAGCAACUGUUCGCCGACCUUCCCAACGUGGUUCCUUUCCUGGUCAAGGACGAGUACCAGAUGAUGCAAACGAAAGAGUCAGUAUUUCAAGAUGGAAACAUCGAGUUCCUGCGGUUGUUCCUUGACUCUCUUUCUCCUCUCUGA